CCUGCAUAUUGGCAUGGGCCCAACUUCAUCCAUCACUACUACUGCACCACACUGCAUUGCCAGCAUCAAUCUCCCCUCUCCAGCUCCCUCUGAACCGACGGCAACUCGAUGUUGCCAUCAUCCCACCUGACUCCAUUAGUGCCUGCUGUUAUUCAGCUCUAUCCAUGUGAAGCGCCCUAUCAGCAAACACAUUUGGCUGGACGGCCCAUUGGAGCUUCGCGACGUGUCACAGACAUCCGUCCGCCACUACUUCGCUUGUUAUGUUUGCUGCCCGAUGAGUCUACAGUAUGAAUCGUAUGAAGACAGGAAAGUAGUGAUUUCGGUCCACAACUUCUCUACAUAAUGCUGAGGACUCAUUCUCAAAAAGUGUACAGUAUAUCUUCUUCCUGCAACACUGUUGCAAAUUGGUUUGUCGGCCCAGACUCGCUUAACAUUUUCCCCACCGACGUGAAACAAUUCCUUCCAUACCGCCAGUGACUCAACUUUCGGACAGUGUCGCUUUCCAAAAGUGCCGUUGACAUACCGUCGAACAAUUGACUCUUCAGCAGGCUGCGAACAACCAACACGUUCAUCAUGGCGUCUGAAAAGCGUCUACGACAAAUAUCCCAAAACAAGACUCGUCCUCCACUCGGUCCGAAGCGAACUUCAAGUUUGCGCCGGGCAUACAAUCGCAUCUUCCGCCCAGAUUCCCCUACGAAACACCAACCAUCAGACAAACAUGCCGAGCCAGAAUCCCCCAAGUCACCAGACCAUGCGCCUCCCAGGCCGCAGCAACCUCCGCCUGCCCCCAGCCAAAACGGAUCCCUUGAAGAGGAGUUGAUACAAUGUCGAAAGGAGCUUCGAGAAGCCAGGGAGCUAGUUGUAUCUCAAGACCAGGAACUGUCCAAUCUCGAGCAGACCACUCAGAGACUGGAGGCGGAAUACAGAGAAAAGGAAGCCUCACUGCAACGUCAAAAGGCCGCAUUGGAGGAGCAUAUGGUCUCUGUUGUCGUCAAGCAAAUCAAAGAAGCUCAAGAGGCAGAGCGUCAGGCGGUGCGGGAAGAAUGCAACCGACAACACCAAGCAACGCUGGACAGCGUGCACCACAAAUACAAGUCCAGAGUUGCCAUUCUCACGCAGGAACUACAUGAAGCACGUGCCGGAUCCGAAAAGUUAAAGACUAGCCAGGACAACGAGAUUUCUCGUCUCCGCGCCGAAGCUGCUUCUCUAACUGCGGAUCUCGAAGCUGCAAAGGCCGCCAUUGCCGAAACCACGGAGGCGUUGAAAAGCGUCCAACAAGUGUCAGCAGCCGCACUCGAAGAGUCCGAAAAGAAGAACAACAUGCUUCGGGCGGGUCUGGAAGCACAGAUAGCUGCCUUGACUGAGGAGCUGAACGACGCGCGAUCAAAGUCGCAGAAUGCAGAAGCUAGUCGUGGUGAUUACACAAAGCAAUACGAGGAAUUGCAACAGAGCUCAUCCGCUGCAAUUGAGGCCGCUAACCAGUCGCUUAGUACUCUCCGACAAGAAAUGGAGGCUCAAAUUGAGGCUCAAGCAAAGGAACUGUCUGCGUCUAAACAGGCACUGGAGGAGGCCACGAAGAAGCAUGAAGCCAACACUGCGGCGGAAAAAUCUGUCCAAGACGAGCUUCAGGCCAUGCGGGUCAAGAUCUCAGAGCUCACUACGGCCUUACAAGGGUACGACCAGACGCGGGAGGCUCUAAGCACUGCCGAAGCCAAGAUUACCGAAAUGACCAAAGAAGUGGAAGAUCGCUCGAAAGACAAAGCAGCUUUGGAAGCUUCGGAUGCGAAAAUUGCUCAGCUCAUGGUAAAACUCGGAUCGUUUGACGCGUGUAAGCAAGAACUCGAGCAGUCUCGCGACCGAAUCGCUCGACUGUCCGUCGACAUUGAAGACAAGGAGGUCGCCAUUGAGAGAGCGAAUGCAAAGAUUGACGAACUGUCCGCUCAGGCCGAACAGCAUACCAAACUUCAAGCAGAUCUCGACGCUGAGAAGGAGCGCUGCACAAAUCUGUCAAAAGAAAUCGAGGCACAUACGCGGACUGCUGCAGAGUUGGAAGAAAAGCAUAAAUCAGCAGAGUCCCACGCUGCUAAAGCUGAAGAGCGGCAAGGCACCCUUGUGAAGGAGCUCGACGCCUUGAAGGAGACUUUGGCCGCCGAAUCAGCUCGCUAUGCAGCAGUGGACGGCCAACACGGCGAGCGUAUCAAAGAGCUAGAGGCUUCUGAGCAGACUGCACAAACGGCUUUGGACGAAGCGAACGCCAAACUGAACGAUCUUGAAGAGGCCAAUAAGAAGGUUGAAUCAGAGCUUGAAACGAAGCUGCAAGCAAUCAAAGCCUAUGAGGAAGAAAAGGAUGUAAUAACUGGCCAGCUUGAAAACGCCCAGCAAGCAUUGGAGGACGCUCAGAGUAAAAUUGCUGCUCUCGAAACGGAGAAACUACAGCUCGCGGAUACUCUGUCCGAAGCCUUGUUGGCAGCUCGGACGGCUACAGAGUCAAAUACCGACCAGAUUAGCGGCCUCGAAGCAGAAAAUGCAAAACUGAAAGAAGAGCUUGAUGCCGCAUCAAAACAAGCACAGAAAGUCACAGAGUUGGAAGCCGAGAGGACGAAGCUGGUCGAGGCAAUUGAGACACUGAAUGGAGAGGUAUCUACCGCAGCAGGUCGGAUCCCAGAUCUCGAGGCCGAGAAAGCGAAAUUGGUGGCAGAUGUUGAAGCUGCAGAAACUGAACAGAAAGCUCUACAAGACAAGCUUGUCAAUGUUGAAGCAGAAAAAUCGGAUCUUGCUUCGAAAAUCGAUGAAUUGGCUAAAUCCGCGAACGCUAAGGACGAAGCACUCGAACUCGCCAAAUCCGCCAAAUCCGAAGCAGACACCAAACUUGAAGAAGCAGAAAAAGCGAGACUUGAAGCCGAAGGACGAAUUGCCGAGCUUGAGACACAGAUCAAACGAUCCAAGACUGAAGACGAAGAGCUCAGUAGCAAGCUACAAACUGCGGAAACCGAAAAAGGAGCUUUAGAAACCCAGCUGAAAGAGCUUGAACAAUCACAGAGCACGGCCAUUGCAGAACUUGAAUCCAAGCUUGCAGCUGCCGAUGAGGCUCUUCAGCAGGCCGGCGAAAGCUCGCGCGUGACCAUCAAGGAGCUUGAAGACAAAGUGGCCUCAGCAGAGACUUUGUGCAAGUCUACCUCGGAAACUCUGGACAAUGUCAAAACCGAAUCAGAGGCAGCCAAGGAGGCCAAGGCAGAGUUAGAGCAAAAACUCACAGAAGCACGAACUGCCCAGACCGCGGCGGAAGAAGCCCUUGCAGCAGUUCAAUCAUCGACGGAUUCUCUGAAAAGUGAACUGGAGCAAAAAGUCCUAGACUCGGAAAAGGCUCGAAAAAGCAUACAAGAGGCUCUGGAGGUUGCAACCGAAAAGUUCAAGGAAUUCGGAGAAGUCGAGGCGAAGCUGGCCGCUUCCCUGGCCGCGCAAAAGUCGGCUGAGGACGCACUCGAAUCGACGCGACGGGAGCAGGAGCAGGAACUUGACAAACUCAAAGCAAAGGCAGCUGCUGAUGCGGCGAAACUCAGCGAUGACCUUGAGGCCAAGGACCGUGCGAUCGAAGCCUUGGUGCUCAGCAAAGAAGAGACAGAGUCAAAGCUAGAGAAGACCAUGGCGGAAGUCGAGUCUUUGAAAGUGGAGAUUGAAGAUUUGAAGAAAGCUCAAAGUCAAUCCCGAUCUGGGCCUCAAUCUGUUCAAGCUGCAGACGCCACGGAAGACAAGACGAAAACGGAAAAGGCAAAUGGCGAGGAAAUGGCGAAACUGCAAGCAGAACUCAAGGCCAAAGAUGACCAAGUCGCCAGUCUCCAGGCGUGGAAGAAGCAGGUCGAAGACGAGAUUGAGAAUCUGACUACAGGCUCGACUUCGACUUCGACUCCGAAUGCCUAGCGAUAUACAGGCGGCCUAGCUAUGUAAGUACAGGUGCUGUGUUGUGUCCUUGUUGAAUGGCGAAGUUCAGCUUUUGCGGUCGGUCGUUGCAGAGCGUGACAGCGUACAGUGGUAAUCCUUUUUUUUGCAUACCAUUACCAAUACCCUUAUCCGUCAAUUGAUCAGAUUGUUAGUGCCAUCCAUUUCAUCUAUUCAGUCAGUCAUUCAUUCAUUCAUUCACUCAUUCAAACUUCCAA